UCCUUCCCACCAUCCUCCCCUCCCUCUCUUCCUCUCCAGUUGACCCACACCUAUACCAACACCAAACCCAUAUCUCAUUUUAUAUUAGCUUAAAAUUACCCUAUUGCUGGUUGCUCACUUAGUUUAGUUUCCUCCCUAUAUAUACAAAUCUCAAACCUUCAGCCUCUUCAAUUCAUCUUAGCAGCCUCCUCCUCCUUUCUGUUCUCUAUUUCAGACACAAAUAUAUUUCUUUAUUUUUCUGCAUCUUGUAAGUUCCUCAUUCUGUCUCUUGAACACAAGGUGUUUGAUUUUUAUCCCCAACUAACAGAAGAUGGAGAAUAGUUGUUGCAUAGAUGAGGGAACAAGUACUACAGAUUCAGUUUCCUUAUCUCCGAAUACGACAAAGCUCGAUUCAUCAUCAGACAAGAAUUCUUCUACGAAACUAUGCCGAAUGGGCAGUGGAACAAGUGUUGUUGUAGAUUCCGAAAGCGGGGCUGAGGCAGAAUCUCGUAAACUGCCUUCAUCUCAAUACAAAGGAGUAGUUCCUCAGCCAAAUGGUAGAUGGGGUGCCCAGAUAUACGAAAAGCAUCAGAGGGUGUGGUUAGGGACUUUUAAUGAAGAAGAGGAAGCUGCUAAAGCUUAUGAUAUCGCGGUACAGAGGUUUCGCGGUCGAGAUGCCGUCACAAAUUUCAAAAUGAAUGUUUUGGAAGAAGAUAACAUCGAAUACAUUUUCUUGAAUUCUCGCUCCAAAGCUGAGAUCGUUGAUAUGUUGCGUAAACAUACAUAUAGCGAUGAACUAGAGCAUGGUAAACGUAAUUACACUAGCACUGUUUCAGAAAAUGCAAGCGGAAGAUAUUUGGGUUCCAACGGGACAGGAUUAGGAUUAGGAUUAGACCCAGUUAUAUUAAUGAAAGCUCGUAGUCAUUUAUUCGAAAAGGCAGUAACACCAAGUGAUGUUGGUAAGCUAAACCGUCUAGUUAUACCUAAACAACAUGCCGAGAAAUAUUUUCCUCUAGAAAUCGGAACCAUUUCCAAGGGUGUUUUACUGAAUUUUGAGGAUAAUGAAGGAAAAGUUUGGAGGUUUAGGUAUUCGUAUUGGAACAGCAGUCAAAGUUACGUUCUUACAAAAGGUUGGAGUCGAUUUGUGAAGGAGAAGGGUCUGAAAGCUGGGUGCGUCGUUAGUUUUCAAAGAUCAACCGGGCAAGACAAACAGCUUUACAUCGACUGGAAGCCAAGGAUUAAUAACGUUAAUCCUGUUCCGGCAGAAAUCAUGACGGGUUUAGCUCAAGAAGUAUUAAGUGUUAAUAACCCAGUACUACAAGGUGGGCAACAAGUGGUCAGGUUGUUUGGGGUUAACAUUUUUAAACUGCCUGUUGUUGUUAUGGAUAGCUGCAAUAGUAGUAAAAGGAGGAGAGAAAAUGAUCAAGUUGACAAGUCAUUGUCAUCUUCUGCAGAGUAUCAUUGUAAGAAACAGUGUGUUGUAGGAGCUUUAUAGCAUUUAGUUUUCUCUGUUUCUUAACGUGUAUAGUAUGUUAUUAUUUGAAAAACUUGGUGGAAUUAGAUAGGAAAUGUCCAUGAAAGAUGUCUUUAUAUGGCAACUUGCAGAGGUACUGUUAAUACUAUAAGACAACAACCAAAAGAAAUGAAUAUUUAAUACCAUUUUCUGAUUCAUUUAUUUUUA